AUGCACAGAGAUAAGAGAAUAAAGGGAGACAUGCCGUGGCUCCGUCAGAGUCGAGGUUCUCCCAGACUCGUCCUGGUGGUGGUGUGUGUCGCUCUGCUGCUCGACAACAUGCUGCUGACUGUGGUCGUGCCGAUCAUCCCAACGUUCCUCUAUGCCAUGGAGCAUCCCAGUCCCGAGCCCCAGACCGCCCAGCCCUCCCUGCUCCCUCUGCCCAGCCUCGGUGCACCACGCCUGGGCACGGCACCCUCACAGUCGCCCUCCCCCGAGUCAAACCUCCAGCCCUCGCAGCUCCUCCAGCCCGGUUCACAGUCAGAGCAGAGCUCCCCACCGUCUCGUCUGGUAUCUCUGUUCGACAACACCACCUUCAGUCUGCAGGAGACCCGGACCGGACCGACCCCCAACACCGAGUCCACUGACCAGAGCAGCCCGGCCACAGACCUGCACCCCAACGAGACCACAGUAGGUGGAGACUCCACCUGUCUGCAGGACAGCGCCUUCCUGGAGCAGGAAAAUGUUCGUGUUGGUUUGUUGUUUGCCUCUAAAGCUCUCGUCCAGCUGCUCAUCAACCCCUUUGUCGGCCCGCUCACCAACAGGAUCGGUUAUCACAUCCCAAUGUUCGCUGGUUUCAUCAUCAUGUUUGUGUCAACCAUCAUGUUUGCGUUCUCAGGGACGUACGCUCUGUUGUUCUUCGCUCGCUCUCUGCAGGGGAUCGGCUCGUCCUUCUCGUCUGUAGCAGGUCUGGGCAUGUUGGCCAGUGUGUACACAGACGAUGAGGAGCGAGGGAUCGCCAUGGGCAUCGCUCUGGGUGGACUGGCUAUGGGAGUCCUAAUCGGAGCUCCAUUCGGCAGUGUGAUGUACGAGUUUGUGGGGAAGCGCGCUCCCUUCCUCAUCCUCGCCUUCCUUGCUGUAUUCGACGGAGCGCUGCAGCUGUUCAUCCUGCAGCCGUCAAAGAUCUCUCCUGGGAGUGUGGAGGGGACGCCGUUACUGACGCUGUUAAAGGAUCCAUACAUCCUCAUCAGUGCAGGUUCUCUGUGUUUCGCCAACAUGGGCGUGGCCAUCCUGGAGCCCACGCUGCCCAUCUGGAUGAUGCAGACCAUGUGCUCCCCAAAAUGGCAACUUGGUAUGGCGUUCCUCCCCGCCAGCAUCUCCUACCUGAUAGGAACAAACCUGUUCGGAAUUCUGGCCAAUAAGAUGGGACGGUGGCUCUGCUCCAUGUUGGGGAUGUUUAUUGUCGGCGUCAGUCUGUUGUGUGUUCCUUUUGCCACCAGUAUCUACGGUCUGAUUGGACCAAACGGAGGUCUGGGCUUUGCUAUAGGUAUGGUGGACUCCUCCAUGAUGGCAAUCAUGGGUUACCUGGUCGACAUCCGCCACGCCUCCGUCUACGGCAGCGUGUACGCCAUCGCUGACGUGGCACUGUGUAUGGGCUUCGCUAUCGGGCCGUCCACUGGGGGCGCUCUGGUGCAGGCGGUGGGCUUCCCGUGUCUCAUGGUGUUCAUCGGGGUGAUCAACAUCCUGUACGCUCCGCUCUGCUUCCUGCUGCGCAACCCGGCCGUCAGAGAGGAGAAGAUGGCCAUCAUCGACCAGGAGUGUGUGAUGCACAGGAAAAGCUACAACACGCAGAAGGAGAGCCGCGAGUUUCCUCUGAGCGACUACAGCGAAGAAGAAGAGACGGAGGAGUGA